AAUUCAACACCUGGACACUCACCGGACAUGCAUACGUCACACGCAUAACAGGUGGAACAAACUAUACCACUUUAAUCACACCGGUAAAGUGAGGCUGUUGCUCUGUCGUGCGUUCAACGUUCUGGAACUGUUAUAUAGCGGCAACAUAUUGAUUCCGCAGUGACAGACAUCUCCCAUCUACAAACUAGUCAUGGAACUAAAAAGUGACGCUAAACUUAAACUAAUUGACAAGUUUUGUGAACUUCACAAAGAGGCGACGAAAAGGGGACUGCGGAGGGAUGUCAUCCACGCAGUGUUCCAAGGGAAAAUCGUGCGAGUUACUAAAGAACCAGGUUACAGAUUGGAUCCCUGGCUGACCAAAGUAACGUGGGGCUUGGCCAUCGUGAUUGUUGUGUUAGCCACUGUCCUGGGGAUUCUCGCACAUCAGUUUGACUUCAAGGAAGAGGUAACGAUGCUCGUGAAGGGUUCUAGAUGUAUUGUAGACAAUAACGGCUUCUUGAUGGAAAUAGCCAGACCGAAAACAAAUUGCCAUAUCUGUGAAAAUCUUGUUACGGUUCCUGUUGAAAAUAACAUUUCUACUGAAGAUUUUCUACAGAAAUAUGCCUACACGGCCGUACCUGUACUCGUGAAGGAAGCGACUCGCAAAUGGUCGGCCAUGGACACAUUCAGUUUUAGGUUUUUCAGAGAUUUAUACACUUCCGUAAAUGGCUCCUUACAUGCUGUUGAAGAAGAUUGUCAGUUCUUUCCCUAUAAAACAGAGUUUGAAACUCUUGAAGAAGUUUUCAAUAUGACCGAAGAACGAGCUGAUUUUAAAGACGGAGAAAAACUGUGGUAUGUUGGAUGGAGCAACUGCCAUCCCGGUGUCUCGAGCGUUCUCCGAGAACACUACCAAAAACCUUACUUCCUACCCAACGACACAGAAUCCAGUGCUCUUGACUGGAUCUUCAUGGGCGGAACCGGGCUGGGGGCCUUCAUACAUCUAGACUACGUACAGCGUCCUUCCUGGCAGGCACAGAUCUCUGGUGUAAAGACAUGGAGUUUGAUCCCGACUCCGGAGUGUGAACACGUGUGUCAGAGCAUGAACGUCACAGUACAAAAGGGGGACAUAUUUGUAGUGGAUACAAAUCAAUGGUAUCACGCCACCUACAUCCACCCAGGGGAGAUCAGCAUCACCAUCGGGUCAGAGUACGACUAAACCCCAACUUUUUAUGUACAUGUCAAAGUUUCUCACAUGAAAUGACUAGUGACAUAGCUAUUCUCUGGUACAUCAAUCAUUAACAGUCGGAGUGUGACUAGCGACCUCGCCGUUCUCUGGUACAUCAAUCAUCAACGGUCGGAGUGUGACUAGUGACCUCGCUAUUCUCUGGUACAUCAAUCAUUAACAGUCGGAUUGUGACUAGUGACCUCGUUAUUCUCUGGUACAUCAAUCAUCAACUGUCGGAGUGUGACUAGUGACCUCGCUAUUCUCUGGUACAUCAAUCAUUAACUGUCGGAGUGUGACUAGUGACCUCGCUAUUCUCUGGUACAUCAAUCAUUAACGGUCGGAGUGUGACUAGUGACCUCGUUAUUCUCUGGUACAUCAAUCAUUAACAGUCGGAGUGUGACUAGUGACCACGUUAUUCUAUGGUACAUCAAUCAUUAACAGUCGGAGUGUGACUAGUGACCACGUUAUUCUCUGGUACAUCAAUCAUUAACAGUCGGAGUGUGACUAGCGACCUCGCUAUUCUCUGGUACAUCAAUCAUUAACUGUCGGAGUGUGACUAGUGACCUCGCUAUUCUCUUCAACAUCAAUCAUCAACAGUCGAAGUGUGACUAGUGACCUCGCUAUUCUCUUCAACAUCAAUCAUCAACAGUCGAAGUGUGACUAGUGACCUCGCUAUUCUCUUCAACAUCAAUCAUCAACAGUCGGAAUGUGACUAGCUACCUCGCCGUUCUCUGGUACAUCAAUCAUCAACAGUCGGAGUUUGACUAGCGACCUCGUUAUUCUCUGGUACAUCAAUCGUUAACAGUCGGAGUGUGACUAGCGACCUCGUUAUUCUCUGGUACAUCAAUCAUUAACGGUCGGAGUGUGACUAGCGACCUCGCUAUUCUCUGGUACAUCAAUCAUUAACUGUCGGAGUGUACCUAGUGACAUGGCUAUUCUCUGAUACAUCAAUCAUUAACAGUCGGAGUGUGACUAGUGACAUGGCUAUUCUCUGGUACAUCAAUCAUUAACUGUCGGAGUGACUAGUGACAUGGCUAUUCUCUGGUACAUCAAUCAUUAACAGUCGGAGUGUGACUAGCGACCUCGUUAUUCUCUGGUACAUCAGUCAUUAACAGUCGGAGUGUGACUAGCGACAUCGUUAUUCUCUGGUACAUCAAUCAUUAAUUGAUUAAACCGUCUUCGUCAUUUAAAAUAAUUAUAACGUCGAAGGACUACAUGUGUCUUAUCUGUUCUGACAGUAUAGGAAUACACGUGUCUUAUAUCUUAUGACAUUGAAGGAAUACAUGUGUCUUAUCUGUUCUAUCAUUGUAGGAAUACAUGAGUCUAAUUUGUUUUGUCAUUGGAGGACUACAUGUGUCUGAUCUGUUCUGACAGUGUAGGAAUACACGUGUCUUAUCUGUUCUGUCAGUGUAGGACAACAUGUGUCUUAUUUGUUCUGUC